AUGCCAAGACAAUCCACCUUAAACCAACAAAUCCCAAUCAACGGUAAGAUCGGGUUCGGCCUCAUGGGCUUCACCUGGCGCUCACAGCCAAAGACGCAGGAGGAGUUCAACGAAACUUUGAAGUACAUCUUGGACCACCACUACGUCGACUACAUCAACUCUGGUGAGUUCUAUGGUAACCCACCAGACUCCGAGUUGAACUUGAAGUACUUGCAGGCCUUCUUCAAGAAGUACCCUGAAUAUAGAAGUAAGGUCACCAUCAGUGUCAAGGGGGGUAUUGACUUCAAGACCUUGGCCCCGGUGCCUGACGUCGCAGGAUUGCGCCACUCUAUCGACAACAUUUUGUCGUUCAUGCCGGAUGGGUACUUGGAGUUGUUUGAAUCUGCCAGAGUUAACCCCUCUAUUCCGAUGGAAACAUUUGUGGAGGUUGUGCGUGAGUACAUUGCUGCCGGUAAAAUCGGGGGGUUGUCCCUUAGUGAGGUGAGCGCCAACACCAUCCGUAAGGUUCAUGCUUUGUACCCUGUCAGCUGUGUUGAGGUUGAAUUCUCGUUGUGGUCCCGUGAAAUUUUGACCAACGGGGUUGUGGAAACUUGUGGGGAGUUAGGGAUUCCUAUCGUCUGCUACUCGCCAUUGGGCAGAGGUUUCCUCACCGGUACUAUCAAGAAGGUGGAGGAUAUCCCGGAGAACGACAUGAGAAGACUGUUUGACCGGUUCUCAGGAGACGCGUUUACCAAGAACUUGAAGUUGGUUAAUGACUUGCAGGAGUUGCUUAAGAAGUGGGGUGACAAGAACAUUACCAUGCCAAAGUUGGCGUUGGCCUGGAUCGCUCAACACAGCGAGUUGAAGAACUCUCCAAAGUUUUUGGCCAUCCCCGGUGGUACCACCAUCGACAGGGUGGAGGAGAACUUGUCUUCUCAGAAGAUUAAGUUGACAGAGGAGCAGUUUGCCGAGGUUAACAAGCUUGUUGGUGAGGCUACCGUUGUUGGUGGAAGAUACAACAAGCAUGUUGAGGCUUCUUUGAGCGUUUAA